UGUAAACGUGAGAGCGGAGUGCACAUCUGUAGCCCUGCCUUCUCAGAUGAGCUCUACCUCCUGCGGGAUUACAGGCUGUGGCUGUCCUCCGCUUCAUUCUGCCUCAAUGAAGAAAACGUUGAUUGUGUGAAUGCUGUCAUACGGACAUGAGAAGGAUUAAACAGGGCUCCCUGAAAUGAUCCUUGUCACAUUUGGCGCUGCGCAUUUUUCCUCUAAAUCGCAUUGCGUCUGAUUUGAGUGUUUGGCUCCACUGCGAACCGAUGAUGAUCAGCAAAGUUAAGAACGCCAUGUCUACCUUGGUGGGAGGGAUGAUGCCUCACGGACACCACCACAACCAUCACCCAGGUGGCGGGCAGCACUGCGCUGGGGACAGCCUGCCUCCACGAUUCCCCUACGGCCGACCGGACUUUCUGGAGCUCACCCCGGAGCUAUUGCAGUACUCCACUGAGCACGCGUCGCGGCCGGUGCUAACAUUAAAAAGAGGCAGCAGGCUCCCAUGGAAAACUGGAUACGCUGAAGUGAUCAAUGCAGGGAAGAGCAUGCUGAAUGAGGACCAGGCCUCUUGUGAGAAACUCUUUGUGAAGAAGCCUAGUGGAAAACACCGCAACUCCACACUGAUGGAGGAUAAUGGGGAUGGUACAGGGAUCCCUAUGCACUUCUGGGGAGUAUUUGAUGGCCAUGCUGGCUCUGGAGCUGCUAUUAUGGCCUCUAAGUUGUUACAUAGACUCAUCCGAGAUCGCCUUGGAGAAAUCUGCCACCUGCUGGAAAACCCUAAUAGUGCACCUCCAAUCUGCCUGGCCAAAAAUGGAAACGCCUACCAGGUAGAUGCAAAGAAAGGGCCCCCCCAGGAACCAGAGGAUCCUGACGCAGUUUGCGACUCCACACUUCGCUUCCACAUGGAGAAAACUGUGAGUCUGGAAAGUCUCGUCAUGGGAGUCAUAGAAACGGCUUUUAAACAGAUGGAUGAUCUCAUUGAAAAGGAAAAAGCAUCUUAUGCCAUCUCUGGUGGCUGUUGUGCCUUAGCAGCUAUUAAUUUAAUGGGUAAACUGUAUGUGGCUAAUGCUGGAGAUAGCAGGGCCAUAAUCAUCAGAAAUAAUGAAAUAAUUCCCAUGACUAAUGAAUUCACUCCUGAAUCUGAGAGACAGCGUCUACAAUAUCUGGGUUUCCUGAGACCAGAGCUCCUGGGAAAUGAGUUCACUCAUAUUGAGUUUCCUCGAAGGAUUCAGCACAAUGAAUUAGGCAAAAAGAUGCUCUACCGAGAUCACACAAUGACAGGCUGGGCUUACAAAACAAUCGUUGAAGAUGACCUAAAAUUCCCUUUAAUAUACGGAGAGGGUAAAAAGGCACGUGUGAUGGCCACUAUUGGAGUGACCAGGGGUCUGGGCGACCACGACCUAAAAGUGUACAACUCAAACAUUUACAUCAAGCCUUUCCUCUCUUGUGUUCCAGAGGUGAUGGUGUAUAACCUGGAUGAAAACAAGCAUGGUCCCAACGAUGUCCUAGUCAUGGGCACAGAUGGAUUGUGGGAUGUGACCACAGACAGGGAAGUGGCAGAUGCUGUGUCAGCGUACUUAUCCUGCUGUGACCCCUCUGAUCCCAUGAGGUACUCUCUGGCUGCUCAAGAUGUGCUCAUGAGGUCACGGGGCGUGCUGAAGGAGCGUGGAUGGAGGUUACCCAAUGAGAGACUGGGGUCUGGAGAUGACAUCACAGUGUUUGUGGUACCACUGGCAGGAAGUGAGCUGGAGACAUGACGAGCUGUUGCUGUAGAGACCACUGUGAAAGGCCUAUAGUUCUGUAAGGUUCGCCACAUGGCCCCCUCCUCCAUCUUUCCUGGAUCCUGGACCAAUCUCCUGGAGCGAUGGAAGAUAAGACCAUCUCAUCGUACAGAUCUGAGCACCUUCAGCCUGACCCAACACCACCCUGUCACCCCAGAAUGCUCUCACGUCAUGCUCAGUUGGUCUCUGACAAAGUAUCUUUAGUGACAUUGAUUUCAUUUUCUUCCCAAUCUGCUCUUUGUGCCAGUGAGAAUUAUAUCUUUGUAAUAUUUUGUUCCUGAUCAAGGUCAAUUGGACAGAACAACUUGUAAAAAUGCCUGCAAUUUCCACAAUCAUAUGUUGAAGAAAAAGGGGAAACCAAAGAUGCUGUCACAAGCAUGAGGAAAGAAAAGUGUAAAGUAAUAAAACCACAAAAUAGAAAUGACACAAGACCAUUAGCUUAAUGACUGUACAUUAAAGAAGCAUAGAGAAAGUUGGAGAGAGAAAACAAGUUUCGAAGCACUGAACUGAGAGGGAGUGCCGUAGGCUAUUUCCUUUCCUAAUGAUAGUCGAAUGAUGGCACUUGAGGCACUUGAAGACUUGCACAUGCUUGACAUGUGGAAGUGCACAUUUUGGUACUUCUUUUAUUGAAUGUGAUAAAUAUUAUUUAUCUCCAGAGAGAUUUGCUGCACUUUUUUGGCAUAAUUUAAUUUAACAGCACUGUCUGUUUUAACAUAAUGUUUGGUUUCAGUAAACGUUUAGGUAUAGUAAGUUGUGAUAAAUUUCACACAUAUGCCUUAUUCAAGUUAGUUUUUUUUUGUUUUGUUUUUUAAUAUCAGUUGCACUUUUUUUUUUAACCUAGUGGCAGUUAACAAAGUAUGACCUUAAAUUUAACAUUUUACCUCUUGUACCAUUUUGUUUUGUUUAGAUUACCCAUAUAUUUUUCAAGAAGAUGUUUUAUUUUUAUGUUUCUGUCCAUAACUGAAUUAGAAAUGCUGUGUCUCAUACAGUACAGAGUUACUGUUGUGGUAAAGAGAGAAAAUGUGUACAGGUUUAGAAAUAAAUCUGAUUUUUCUUGUUUUCA